CUGGGCAGCAGAGGUGAGACCUGCCUGUCCCCGGGCGACGUACCUCCGUCGCGCCGCGCCCUUCAGUCGCGUCGCUCGCCGGCCUCGUUACUUGAAGUCGUCGUGUCGCCGCCUCAUCUCCCCCCAGCACGUCCUCACUGCUGUGAGUGGCUGUCGUCGUCUCUGUGCUCGUUCGUCGUCGCAUGCCCAAGCUUCUGUUUUCUUGGCCCCUCGCUUCACACCUCUGGUCGUUGCAACGGUGAUCAAGUUCGUAUCGAAGCGAACGCGGUAAUCACAAAUUACCUCACAUUUUUCAACGUCAAAUGCACCCUACCUGGCGACCGUCCUAAGCACUACGCCCAGGAACCAUUUGUAGCAGCGGCCAGUAAGUACUCUUAUAGGUACUUUUCCAUGUACUCUAUGACAAAGGUGGACAUCGGCUCGACCAGUUUCAAAUGA